CGGUCGACUACUCAUCCAAGGGCCAACGAGACGACACCGUGAAAAUGGCCGCCAGCGAAUCUCGCCCAACGACACUGAAUUUCAUCACCGGCAAUGCCAACAAACUAUCUGAAGUGCGUGCCAUUCUUAGCCAUGUCGAAGGCCUCGAGGUCCGCAGCCGGGAUGUGCCAGGUCUCUUUGAGAUCCAGGGCACCAUCGAGGAGGUAGCGAGGGACAAGUGCUCUCGGGCAGCCCAAGUGGUCCAAGGCCCAGUUCUGACAGAAGACACUGCGUUGGAGUUCCAGGCAUUGAAAGGUCUCCCAGGUCCCUACAUAAAAUAUUUCCUCCAGGCUUUGGGCCAUGAAGGUCUUAACAACCUCCUCGCUGCCUAUGAGGACAAGACUGCCUUCGCAGUAUGCACGUUCGCGUACUCUGCUGGACCGGGCCACGAACCCCUUAUCUUUCAAGGUCGGACCCAGGGCAAAAUCGUGCCAGCGAGAGGACCAGGGAUAUUUGGUUGGGAUGCAGUGUUUGAGUAUGACGGUGAGACUUAUGCCGAGAUGGACAAGGACAAGAAGAAUCAGGUAUCGCACCGAGGAAAGGCUCUGACCAAACUGAAGGCGUGGCUGGCGGGGGGUGAGUUGGAGGCGUGAUUCGAUGAUGGACCCUCGAGACAUUUGGUGGAGAAAGGCGUAAUCAUAGUGGCUCAAGUCGCAGUUGGCUUGUCUUUCUGAUCCUUGACCCAGUUUAAGAUCCAUUCAUAGAUGGACGCGGCAUUUUGCUCAAUGUCCUCGACCUUGAUACUCUGCAGUUCGACAACAGAACCAUCCUCUCCCCAA